AGUUUUUAAAAGUGUUUAACAUUCAAAGAGGAAAUGUAAGGACUUGGGAGCAAAUGCAAUUCCUACAGUAGAGACAAAUAUUACUUGAAAAUGUAAAGUAUAAACCUAACCACAGAGGGAGAGAGAGAGAGAGAGAGAGCUGAUGUCAAUUGUGAAUAUGUCAUAGACCUCAAAAUGACCCUAAAAACCUCACUUUGGUCACAACUCCACAUGCUUCUGUUUCCAACUCUCUCCCCUUAAAUACCCCCACUCCACAAGCCCACAAAUCCCUCCCAGCUUUUCCACACAAACAAUACAUCAAACACCUCUUGAGCAUUAUCUCUCUCUGCUUCUUCUUUUUCUGGUUAUUGUUCUUCUGCUGCUACGACUACUUUCUUGUACCUAAAAUGGCUAUCAGGAAAUCAAACAACAAGCAGUCUCAGACAACAGUAGUGAUCAAGCAAAUCCUCAAGAGAUGUUCAAGUUUGGGAAAGAACAAACAUGGGUAUCAAGAUCAAGAAACAGGGCUUCCUCUGGAUGUCCCAAGAGGUCAUUUUGUUGUAUAUGUUGGUGAGAACAGAAGCAGAUACAUUGUGCCGAUAUCUUUCUUGUCUAGACCUGAGUUUCAAAGCUUGCUCCAACGAGCAGAAGAGGAGUUUGGGUUUGAUCAUGACAUGGGUCUCACUAUCCCUUGUGAGGAAAUCGUUUUUCAGUCUUUAACUUCAAUGCUCAGAUGAGAAGAGAAGAAGAUCAAAUACUACAUAUCAAGUCAGGGUUUAGGCUAGCUUUUUUGGAGAAAAAUAUUACUUGACCGAAAGAAGAAGCUGCUGUUCUUGCUUCUCUGGUCAUUUCAAUUUUCUCUGUUUUUCCUGAUCUGGAUUUUUUUCCCCUUACUCUGACCCAACAAAACCCAAAAAUAUUAUUAUCUGGGCUUGGAUUUAUAAAUGAAAAAGCUUCAGACUUUGGUAUAUUAGACCAACAUUUGGAGAUCCUCCCCUUCUUUGUUUCAUUCAGGACUUUUUACAAACAGUUUGAAGAGAAAUGGAAAAUGAUGAA